CUUCACCUUUUGCCCCCGAGUUCCCGCCUUUCUCACCUCUAACCCGACUUCCGACAUACUCGAAAGAAUAUUAAAUGAAAGGACAGACUCGAUUGACUGGUUACACUGGGAUACUCAUCAACGCGACGCGACAAAGGGGGCAGACGGAACCCCUGUUUUAGCCAUGGCCCAGGCACGUGAACCCAAAGGCGUAAAGAAAUCCAGCACUUCAACCGGAGAAACCGGAAAACGGAGGACACCAUAUGCUCUGCGCGCAUGCGACGCAUGUAGAAGACGAAAGGGAAAAUGCGACGGACGACAGCCAUGCAGGCACUGCUCAAGCCGAAACCAAAAUUGCAGUUACAGCAGCAGUCUUGAGAAUAAUAGCUCCAGUCUUGAGAGUGACGAUUGGCACCCAACUACAACGACAGCAGCGCCUCCAGCGCCCGUCAUUACUGACCCGAUCCCUGCGACUACGAACCGUGAUUGCACAACUUCAGGGACCUCAUGUCAGACGAAUCAAGCUGCGAUUGUUGAUAUGCUCUCUAGUCUUCAGGAGCAAUUAAAUAGCUUGGCGUCGCAAGUGCAAUACUCGAGUAACCAGGAACAAACGAAUCUUCCAUCGCCAAUGACCAUGAUUGCUGCGACACGGCCCCGCGACCCUAAUCCUAACGCAAAUCCCAAUACAAUACCCAUCAUCAGUCACAGUUACACUGAAUCCACCACCGAUGAUCAGAGCUCAACGCCAAAAUCCUCACGAACAACCGCCUCUCAACAUUUCUACGGCCCAACAUGUCCAGACUACGCAUUGAACGUGGGACAACUAAAACUCCGACGAAAUAGCUGUCCAGGCCCACCACUUCAACAAAAGCAAUUACAACUUGCCAGUAUUCACGAAGACGACGCUUCCGACGAAGCAGAUCAGAACGAUGGGCAAAAUACACAAUUCUCCGUCUCACCGCGCACAAUCGACAAAGGCGAUCCAGCCAUGCUUUUGACAUUCCGCUCAAUUAUGGGGUUGCAAGACGCCACUCAGCUUUUGUACAUUUAUCAAGAAGUUGUCGGUGAACUUCAUCCCGUUGUUGAUAUCGAUGCGCUCAUCAUGCAGACGCGCUCGUGGUAUGCUGAAGCUGGUGCUGGAAUCUGGGAUGUUCUGGCGUCGAGCACUGGAGCUGCUACGUACGAGUUGUUAUUGAUAUUGAACUUGUGCUUGGCUAUUGCUUUGAGGGCUGAUGGAAACCCUUCGAGCUCGAAUACGGAGACUUUGUUGAGGGAUAGUUUUCAGGAUGCUGUAAAUGCGAAGCUGGCCGCACCCGCUAAUAGCAUUCAGCAUGCGACCAUAAUAUUCCUCAAGGGCUGGUAUGACUUCUUCCAAGAGAUGCCCCGCUCAGCUUGGCGCAUGUGCGGUAUCGCAGGUCGCAUGCUGAUGGAACUUGGUCUCCAUAACGCCGAAGUCUUCAGACAUACAGUCAAGACAGAGGCUCAGCGCACAGAAGCUUGCACUCUCAUCAGCAGUAUUGUCAUCCUUGAUCGGCAAUGGAGCUACGCAACGGGUCUACCGACACACUUCCAAGACAAGAGCUUCAGCUCCAUGUCAACAUCGUCUGUCAAAAAUCCAUACCUCAAGGCCAUGCUCUCUUUCAUCCUGAUAAGCGAUCGCUUCAGCGAACCUAUAUCGAACGCCGCAAAAGGUGAAGGAUAUAACGAUGAAAACUCAUUUGAGUUGAUGAGCUUUCAGAUCGAGCAGUGGAGAAAGAAAGCUGUUGGUGAUUACACCGUUGCAAACUGUCAGACGUGGCAUACAGAUCCAUCAACUCGUCCGCCAACCUGGACGAUUUUACUAAAUCUCCGAGCGGAAUCCGUUCGGAGUCAACUCCUUAAACCAUUCUUCUUCUCAGAGUUGGAUAUUGAGAUUACAAAGAACCACGUUCGAUCGGCAACUGAUCGAGUUUACGAUAUCAUUCAUGUCUUGCACACGCUUGACGUGACUACUGAUAUUUACCGCAAACAGCAUCCACAUUACCAGCAUAUACUGGCAUGCACCGCUGGUCUAGCAUUUCUGCUCAUCGCUUUCAUAAAGCAAAACAGAGCAACGAUGCUGCCAAGCCUAACCCCCGAUCUCAUUGAAUCUCUCGGCGGCAGUUUCAGCAUGUGCGUGACCCUCACAACAAAAUAUACCCACCGCUCGCGCUCCGCACGUCGUCUCGCCAAGCGCCUCAUCGAAAUGCGGCGUAACCUUCUCAGCCUGGGAAUUCUAAACCCAGCGAGUCCAGGAAGCCACGAGGGUCUAGAUAACGUCACAGAGUCAAUCAGAAGAGCAAGUCUCGCACAGCCAGUUGGGGAUUUCCAGCCUUAUGCGGAGUACUCGCCGCCUUUUAAUAACGGGGUCGUUCCGGGUGGAUUUGCAGUGGCUGGGACGGUAAUUUCGGAUACGGAUAUGCAGAUGGGCUGGGAGGAUUCGCUAAGGUUGCAGUGGCCUAUUGGGGAUGUUAAUCACAUGUUUUCGGAGAGUAUAUUUUGAUUACGGUUAGCGUCAGGAAUGAAUUAUGAUGAUUAUGAUCCCGUAGCCGAUGAUUCGCAAUUCCGGAUAAUGUUGAAGAUAGCGGGCGGGUAUGGGGUUCAGGAACGGAUCCGGGUGCGGUAUCCGCUUCGCGGGCCGCUGGUCAGCUGAAGGCUUAUCACUUGAGGCUCACGGCGGAAAAGGUAUCUCAUUCAGCUGAUAACAACCGACUUGGCUAUCAGUGGCGCCAGUUGGCAAUACCAAGAAUAUGAUAGACAUACGUUGGGUAAUACAGCGUGAAGAAUGAGACUCAGUUCCGACUCUCCCUCAACGAUGCAGCCGUAUGUGAUGGAAUACCCAGUUGAAGAUUAAGGGUUGAGGUUGAAGGAAUAAUGAUUGGGAAGAUGGAUAAACUCAAUUUCAUAUCAUUCUGAACGCUAAACUCAACCUAGUUGUUCUCAUAACUAAUCAAUCCAUCAAUGGUACCAGCAUGCAACCCGC